GCCGCAGGCAGCGCGGGCAGCGCGGGAGCCCGGCGCGGCCCCGGCCCCGGCCCCGCCCGCCGCCGCCCCAUGACGCCCAGCGGGCGCCCCGCGGGGCCCCGCCGCUCCCCCCAGGCCUGGACUGUGAAUUUGGUUGCGAUGGAGACUGUGUCCCUGGAGCACCAGAUACAGAGUGUGCAGCGGCACAUCACUUUCCUGAAGAAGGAGCAGAUGGAGCUGCUCCAUGAUCUGCACCUGGAGAUCCUCCGCUUGCAGAAGCACUGCUCAGAGCUUACCCAUGACCUGGAAAUAAAAGAGCUGGAAACCCGGCAGCAAGAUGUCCUGGACCGGGAGCUGGAGGAGAAGUGCCGGGCGAUGGAGGCCCAGCUGCAGGAGAAGGAGAAGGACAACCUGGAGCUGCGCAAGGAGCUGCAGCACAAGGAGACGCUGGUGGCUGCACUGCGGUCCAGCCUCCGCAACAAGGAGCGCCGUUUCCUGGAGGAGCUGAAGCGGCGGAGCCACCGAGUCACCAUCCUUGACACCGAGCUGCAGAAGCAGACGGAGGCAGCUGCCUACCUCUCCCUGCAGCUGCACGCCACUGCCCAGCGGCUGCCGGGCCCCCGGCCGGGUGGGUGGCCACCCCCCGAGCAGCCCCCCACCGGCCCCCUGGCCGAGGGCAGGCCCCGGCGCCGUGGCCACAGGGUGCAUCCCCGACGCCCACCUGGGGAUGGCCCCCGUCCCAGGGACCCUGUGCAGGAGGAGCACGACGCCAUGCCUGACCCAGCCCUAUUCCUCUACGCAGCGCGGCCACAGCGCCCACCGCCAGAGCCCCCUGCCCAGGCCUGCGGCACGGCCGGUGCCACCACGGCACCUCGAGUGCAGAGGGCCCCCCGGCAGCCUGUGCAGGAGCCGAUGGCCAGGGCCAGGUUGGCCAAGGGCGAGCCCAGCAAGAGGCAGGGGUCCGGCCCCCAUGGCGCCCCCCGGGCCCGGGAAUAGGUGGCAAGGAGGUGGCAUGGAAUGACCAGCCGGGAAGACCUGAGCCCAGCGGCACCAGGGUGGGCACCGGCAGAGGUUGCUUUCCCCCGUCCCCUCGGAGGGGAAGGGGCAGCAGAAAGCGGAUGCCCUGCUCGCACCUCCUGUCUGCCAGCAGCCGGGGAGGAUCCCCCUUGCCCGAAGGGUCUGAGCCGGGGAUGCUGCCAGCAGCACUGCAGAGCAGGCGGGCAGCCCAGCACAGAGUCUGCAAAGGGAAAUGGCCGGGCGCCUGUCCAGAGCUUCCAAGGAAAAGGAAGGAAGGAAGGAUGAAAGGAAGAAAAAAAAAAGAGGACAGGGAAGAAAGGAAAGAAAGGAAGAAAGAAAGAAAGGAAAGGAAGGAAGGAAGAAAGAUAGCAUUUCUGCAAUGAGGAGACCUUCCUGCUGCUGCUGCCCCUCGGCACGGACGCCGGAUGUGUUCUCCCCAGCCAUGGGUGCCGGGAAGCGAGUGUGCAGCAGCAAGCAACAGGCUGUGGGGCACAUGGCUUGGCACAGCGGGAUGAGCUCAGCCGGGCCUCCCGCCCUGGGCAUCACUGGCACCAGGGCUGGGCUGGAGGGGGCCCCAGGCACCACCAGGGAUCCUCUGGGAUGCAGGCAGCUGAGUAACAGUUGGUCCCAUGGGUGCAGGAGGGAUCCCCCUCCACAGGGACGGUGCAGCUGUGCCAGCUGGGUCCCAGGUCCCCUGCGCUGCGGUUCAGCUCUCUCUAACAUGGAUUUCCCUCACAUUACAUUUACACGCAGGACUUGGAUGGGCAGCUGGACAUAAGCUGUGAGUGCCGGCCCUGCUGGACACCACGUGCGGCUCCUCACCCACCGCAGCCUUGCUCCACGUGCUGCUGGAACCAGGCUGUGACUCGUGCCCAUCGCACCCGGCAGGUCCCGUCUCGGCACCAGCAUUCCGGUUCUCAGUCACAUCCACAGCCACAUCUGGGUUUGUCACAGACGGCUGAGCAGCCCUCCAGUCUUCUCCCACCACCUCCCCCUCCCUCCCAGCGCAGCAGCUGUACAGCACGCAGCCCUCACCCUGCCCAGGCAGCCUUGCCUGAUCUCCAGACCAAGCCAUCAGCUUCAUACAUCUACUCCCUGGAUGCUGUGAAACAGCAGAAAUGCAGGGGAGGGCUCUGGCGGCCGCGCAGGGCAAAGGUCUCUCUGCGUGGGCACCAGCGCGACCUGCGCUGCUCUGGGCAACCCCGAGGGGCAGGUUUCGCCCUGGCGGUUUGGCUGCCAUCCCUGGCCAGCCCGGCCACGCGGCAGUGCCCAGCCAGGAGCCCCGGCCCCUGGCCACAGCCAGCACCUUGCCUGGCUGCGUGGGCAGCGGCCUCCUGCAGGACCCCUGCCACCUGCACAGCUGGCACGGGCAGGGGCGAGCCGUGGGCCACCAUCAGACCCCAUUUCUUUUCAGUUCAGUUUGAAACCUCUUCAAAAGCAUCGCCCUCGUAGGGCAGUCGGGCUUAGCCUGCUCAAGCUCACCUGCAGCAUGCCCGUGCAGUCAGAGGUGUCUAUUUUUGUAGUUCAAUAUUUAUAUACUAUAUUAAAAUGCUUUUACAAGAUUCUCAGCAACGGUCCCUAGGCCAGCUCUUCAGUAAAACCAAACCCCUGAGUGUAUGAGCUGCACCAGCGGAACAGAAACUAGCAGCUUUUGUACCUUUCCUUUGGCUGGCACGUGGAUAGUCAGGCUUUGGAGGGCAAGACCCCUCCUGCUCCCGCAGGGUACCCUCGAGGGCUGGGACCCCCAGCUGUCACCACGGUCUCUAAUGCACCCCUGUGUUUGGGAAGGAGCUCAGCAAAGCCACACCUGCGGGGUCCCCUCAAGCCCAGGGACCAGUCACUCUGGCUGGAGCCCUGCAGAGGUGUGCAGCUGCUGGGGGCAAAGGCAAAGCUCUAGCAGGAGAUUUUUGCAGCCCCUUUCGUGCCCAGGGCUGCUGGCCCAGGAGCACAGAGCCCUCACCAGCUCCCACCUGGCCUCCCUGACUGUCACCCUCCGUGGAAGGCUGCAGAGAGCCUGGCAGGGCCUGCACAUGCCCUGACUGCAAAACAUUGCAUGCCCAAACUGCCUGCCCAAGGCAGGCAGGGUGCAGGGCAGUGCAGGAUGUACUGGUAAUGCCCAGCUGGGGUACGAGCACCUGGGCACAGUUGCACAAGGGAGAAAAGCCCCGGGUCUGGCUCUCGGUAAGGCUGCAGGGGGGUUCCCACCUGUUUCCUGCUGCAAAGUGAUUUAAAGCAGGCUCUGCCCACUGCCCAGCUCUGGGGCGAGCGGGCUGCACUCAGGGGCCUGCUUUCGCCCACCCCUGCAGAGGCAGUGCAGGGCAGCAAGGGCAGUUUGUGCUGCAUUGCACAAGCAGCACCUGGUGUGCAGCAUUGUGGCCACCCGGGGGGUCCCCGUGGUGGUGUGCAGGUGAGGUGCCGUUUUGCCUGCGGAAAUGGCUGUUUCUCUCAGGUUCAGAGAGAUUCUGCUGAGGAUUUGUCUCUAUUCUCUUUUAAUGUGAAAGAGAGUAAUAGGUGUCCCCGCGCAGUGUGGCUAUUCCUUUAGCUGUGGUGUGCACAGCUGCUUUCCCCUCUCCUUCCUAGACAAUCCUGCUAGACAGAGUAUGUUGCAUUUUAAUUAUAAAAUGCUUGAUAGGAUCAUGGUGUUCACAACUGACCUGAGUGUUGAAAAGGGGAGGAAGAGGUAUGAUCCUUCUUCUGUGUAAAUACCUUCCUAGCAAUCAUCAUUUUCAGUGCCUAGUAUGUAAAUGAAGCAACCCUGUCUGAGCUGCAGGACCCUUUCCUCUUCACUGCUAAUUAGCAGCCUGCUCAAGGAGUCAAUCUCAUUUGCAGUCCCCCGAUUGCUUCUCCCUCCUCGGGUGCUCCCCGGUGCUUGCGGGCAGCUGGGCAGGCCCUGAGCCCCGCAGCCCUCAGACCUGUGGGCAGAGCUGCCUGCAGCGAGGGGGGUGUUUCCCAGAGGGAUGGAGAGGGAGCACCCCAGUUCCCCCGUGAUGCCAAUGUCAUGCGCUUGGAAAUGAGUUGUUGGGGCAAGCCCUGUGCUUUUCCCCAGGCACCCUUGCCUUGGAGCAGGAAGGAUCAGUCCCUGCGUUGCUGUACCUGCUUCAGUCACUGCUGCUUUUCUUGGGGGGUGGGAGGGAAGCUCUAAAGAUACUAUAUAUACACUUAUAUAUAUAUAUACACACACUUGUUUUGAAGGGAAAACACUGUAUGAUUGUAAUAGAAAUGAUGUUGAGAUAAAUUAUUUUAAUCUUUGUAUUUAUAUAAAAUGAUCAAAGAGAUCAAAAUGAUAAAAAAAAAAAGAACAAAAAGGCAGCAUUCCUAUUUUUUAAUGAGUAGGCUGCUGUUAGCCACAGCGAGUCCCAGGGAGCUGUGGGAGCCCAGGCAGCGCCCACCCUCCUUUCCCUGGGCAGGGGGCUCUAACCGCCCCCAGCAUCUCGGACUGUAAGUUAGCCCUUAGCCUGUACGGUGUAACAGGGAUCCAUAGGUGCAUUUAGUCAGUGCUACCGGACUCCUUGGGAGUCCAGAGGGUGCAUACAGCUUCGACCUGCGCCAUAUACCUGACACGCAUAGACCGAGGAGUGUAACCGCUGACACAUAUGUGCUUUGUAUGGAACAAGCGAUGUUUAAUGUUGACUCGUAAAGCUUAAUGAUUAGACUGGAAAUGGAUGCAUAGCAAUAACGCUCGGUUGUUAAACAAUGUCUUAUGUGUAUAAACCACAAUGUGCUGAGAGCUUUCUGCAUACAGACUAACAGCCGGGUGCCUCUCCUCUGCACCCCUCCACCCACCCCCUUGUGUUCUGCAGCUCUGCAGAGGCUCAUGGAUUUGAUGUGUUUGGUUUGUUAAUCUCUCUUUUCCUUAUUAUUGUUAUUUUCCCUAAUGCUGUCUGAGAAAGCAAUGUCUCAACUUGUGCAACCCUGCAGCAGGCGCAGGGUGAGCAGUGGGUGGGGAGGAGAUGCUCGCUGCGGCUGCGCUGCGGAGCCAGCAGCACUGGGAAGUAGAGCCCCAGCCCUGGUGACUCCCUGUGCACUCCCCUGGACUUAUUUUAACCCUGGGCAAACCAGUUGGGAAGUUCUCCCUCUUGACCCUUUUAAUUAAAAAGCCAUAUUUUCUGAAUGUGUUUGCUGGGGCUAAUCUAAGCGCUCCCAGCUGCGUCCUUCCCAUCCCUGCUGCGAGGGUGCCAGUGCGAGGACCUGAACAGUGCAGCCACUUCUGAACACCCCCUCAGGAGGCUGCACAGCCUUCCUGGCUGCUGCAUGGUGCUGCACAGAGACCUGUCUGCAGCGGGGCCUCAUCCUGCUGCCUUGGGGAAGCUUUGCCUGGGGCAGAGCCCAAGGCUUUCUGUAAGCCGCCUUACUGCAGAGCAAAGUCGGGCGCGGGACACAGCUGGUGCGUGUUACGCAGGGGCAGCUGCUGUGGGGGUGCUGAGGGGUGGUCCCCCCGGGAUGCCUAGGAAGGCUGGCAGCAACGCAGCACCAAACGUCCUGCCUGAAGCGGCUGGAGAGCAAGAGCCAGCAGUGGUCAAGGAGGGGUUGCUUGCUCUGCAUCUCCACAUACGAGUUCCCCAAAAGAAGCUCCCCAGAGGCAGAGGAGCCCAGCUCUCUCUCCCCACUGGGAAGGUAAAACAGCAGCACGCCGAUGGAUUUUCAUUUUUGGGACUUAGGGGAAUGCUUCAAGGUCUUCAUGUGCAGCCUUGUGAACAGGCUCCCGCUGCCCUGGUGAAGCUGCGACAUCCUGCCCUUCCCCGGGAAGCCGGGAACACCAGCCCUCGCUCUCUGGCAGCCCUAACAGCCAGUCUCACUGCAGUGAUGCCACAGCCACCUCGGUGCACGUCUGUUCUUGUCACCCUCUUGCACCGUCAGUGCCUGGCUGCCAAGUCCUACCAGGAAUGCGAUAGGAGGGGAAAGAAAACUCCCCUACGCCUGUAGGUUGCCUCAUGCUGUGGAUAAGAUCAGCAACACCGGUGUGCCAGGCUGGGCAAGCAAGAGAAACCUGGGAUGAAUAAGCGCAGCAGCCGUGGAGGAUCCCGCCAGACAGCAGGGCCUGUAAAAGCACAAAGAUAAAAGUGGUGCGUCUCCUCGCUGGUUAAAGCUGCCCUUUGCUUCCCAAGGCCAGGUUUCUGCCUCUUGUCCCCUCUCUGCCAGUGCUCGCCGGGAGCUGGCCCUGCAGUGACGCUGCCAUCCUGGCUCCCCACUGCAGCAACACGAGGGGCCGGCGCCUGUGGGCAGGGGGACACGGCUGGCAGGGGGGCAUGGAGGGCAGGAGGACAUGGAGCAUGACACUCAGUACCAUCACUAUACCAAGUCACCUCGUUUUGUUCUCCUUCCCCUCGUGCCUGCAGGCAGGAACGGGGUUGCAAAUCGGCCCGUGUGAGUGAGAGGUGCACCCAGCACAAACCCCAGCGGCACCUGGUCCUCCACAGGGUGUGGUGAUGCUUCCUGCCUCUUUCCGAUAGAUUUCACUGAUCUUGUGGCUUCCAAAAAAGAUCCUCUUGCCUGUCAUUGCAGUUAUAGCAGGAAUGAGACUGUUGGGCCCUGGGAAUCCCCCAAAUCUCUGUUGUACGUCUGAAAAAGCAGACCCUUUCUCCCUCGGGGGGUGUGAGGAAGGUGCUGAGCCUCAGCCCCGAAGGGAUGCGCACCAUCUGUAUUUGCUCAGGUGUUUCAAGGUCACAUGGAAGGUCACAUGGAAUGUCACCCGCAUC